AUGUCAGAACCUUCAAUGGAAAAAAAAGCUAAGACAGAAAUUGCUAUUAUUGGUGCAGGUAUUAUAGGUUGUUGUACAGCUUAUUAUUUAACUAAACAUCCAAAAUUCUCAUCGGAUAAAUAUCAUAUUACAAUUUAUGAAAGUAAUGAAGUUGCUUGUGCAGCCUCGGGUAAAGCAGGUGGUUUAUUAGCAAAUUGGGCAUUUCCUUCACAGUUAGGUGCGUUAAGUUUUGAUAUGCAUAAAGAACUUGCUGAGAAAUAUGAUGGUGGUAAAAAUUGGGAUUAUAGAGUAUUGGAUACUAUAUCUCUUGAAGCAGAUAUUAGAGAUGAUAUUAUUGCUAAGAAAUUAAAUUCCUCAACUAAUAUAAAAGAUAAUAAUACAGAAAAUAUAAAUUCAAAUACAAAGAAACACUUAAAAGAUAUGUUAGGUGGAUAUUCUAAUGCAAGUUUAAAUUCUUUAACAAGCGCAGAAACAAAUAAUUCAGAUAUGUUAAGUUCAAUAAGAGAUAAAUUAAAAAUUUCUGAUACAUCAUGUGAUGAUACAUUUGAUGAUAGUGAUAAUGAAAAUGAUGAACAAGAUAAUAAUGAAAUUAAAAAUCCUUUACCUGAAAAUUUAGAUUGGAUUCAAAGAGAUCUUGUUGAUGAUUGGUCAACUAUUGGUGAUGUUAAAUCCACUGCACAGAUGCAUCCAGCAAAAUUUACAAGAUUUAUGUUAAAUAAAGCAAUGGAAUCAGGUGUUGUUGAUUUAAUUUAUGCAAAAGUUACUGGAUUAACCAUUGAUGAAAAUACAAAAAAAAUGGUUGGUUUAUCAUUUUUACCAGAUAAAAUUAAAAAUAAGAAAAGUCCGAAAGAUAUUUUAUCUCAAUGUAGAACUGAACAAAUAAAUGAUGACGGUGAAUUACAAACAUUUGAUAUUGAUAAUAUAAUUGUUGCAAUGGGACCAUGGACUUCAAAAUUAUUAGCAGAUUGUCCAAUUUCAGGUCUACGAGCUCAUUCGAUAACAGUUAUGCCUGAAGAUAUGUCAAAAAUUUCAGCUUUUGCAAUGUUUACUGAAUUAAAAGUAGCAGAUUCUGAAUAUUUUUCACCUGAAAUUUAUGCAAGAAGAGAUGAAAUUUAUGUUUGUGGUGAAGGUGAUACAUUAUUAGAUUUGCCAGAUCCAACUAAAGAUUCUCCAAUUGAUGAAGGUAAAUGUGAGGAAUUAUUUAAAUUUGCAGGAAAACUAUCGAAUAGUAUUGCUAACGGUCACACUUUAUUAAAACAAGCUUGUUAUUUACCUGUUUUAAAUGUUCCAACAAGUUCAGGUCCUUUACUUGGUCAAACUAAUGUUGAUAAUUUAUAUUUGGCUAGUGGACAUUCUUGUUGGGGUAUUAAUAACUCUGUUAUCAGUGGUAAAAUUAUGUCUGAAGUAAUACUUGAUGGUGUUGCUGCUAGUGCACCAAUUGAUAAAUUAGAACCUAAGAUUUUCUUUGAUGCAAGCCAAUUAUCUGCACCAUAG